CUUCACGCCAAUAUGUGUCAAAAUAUGACGAAAAAUUUUAUCAACAAAGAAUUUCUUUAAGUAUUUGACUCAAAAUGUAGUCGUCACAACUUAAGAAAAAUAUUAUAUAUGAACUGAAAUACCUUUAUAACAGACUUAUUAUUUAAAUAAUAAUAUGCCACAAACGGAUCAGUAUUCCCCUUUGGUGGGAUUAGUCUAUGUUUUCAAUUUAAUUGUCGGCACUGGAGCCCUAACAUUACCCGCAGCCUUCGCAGAUGCUGGUUGGCUCUUCAGUACAUUCGCCUUAAUUGUAUUAUGUUUUGUAAGUUUUAUUACGGUGACCUUCGUGAUAGAAAGCAUGGCUUGCGCCAACGCUACUAUUCAGUGGAGGCGGAUUCAAUCGCAUAAAGUCGAUGAGAGUGAAGUUCCUCUGAACAGUGAUUCACAAUGCGAAGACAGUACUGAAGAGACAGCUAUACUUGUUCACAGAACAAGACGUUACUAUAAUUUGAACAACAAAGUAGAACUGAGUGAAAUAGCUGGUCUAUAUCUAAGCAAAAUGGGACACGUGUUCUUCUUUCUUUCGUUAAGUGUAUAUUUAUUCGGGGAUCUAACAAUUUACACAGCAGCCUCAGGCAAAACUAUAGUCAAUUUGAGCUGUAAGACUUCCAAUAAUACAGAGAACUUUACAGAAUCAUGCUGGGAAGAUUCAGACUUCACCAAAAUGGAUAUGUAUAGAAUUUAUGUAGCAUUAUUUGGACUAUUAGUCGGACCUUUUGCUUAUUUUAACGUACAAAAAACUAAAUAUAUACAAAUUUUUACCAUGAGUAUUCGGGGGGCAGCUUUCAGUAUUAUGAUAACUCUAGCCACUUUGAGACUUAUAAAGUUUGGACAACAAGGUCACCCGAGUUUAGUGAAUUUAGCUGAAGUCCCUGCUCUAGCAGGUUCAAGCGUUUAUAGUUUUAUGUGCCACCACUCCUUACCCAGUCUUCUUAUACCAAUAUCAAAUAAAAACCGCCUAAUGAGAAAAAUAAGCUUCGAUUUCUUCUUAAUAUGUUCGUUUUAUUUGUUGGUCUCUCUAACCGGUUCGUUUGCAUUCGAGUCAAUUGAUGUGCUGUAUUCUUUGAAUUUUAUUCAAACUGAAGACUCUGGUUUUUUGAUGAAAACCAUCGGAAUGUUUCUGGCAGCUUUUCCCCUGUUUCCUAUGGCUGCUAGUUUUCCAAUUAUAGCCAUAACCAUGCAGGCAACCUUGAAGAAUUUAUUUUUUGAACAUAAUGCCAUUGAUAGAUAUGGAUUCUUCGUGAAAAAACUGUUUUUCCCAAGUUUAGCAGUACUUCCACCCCUCAUUGUGGCGCUGUGCACUCACAAUUUAAAAACUUUAGUUGAAAUUACAGGUUCAUAUGCUGGGGUGAUGGUUCAGUAUAUUGUACCUGCUGUUUUGGUGGUUAGCGCCAGGAAACAGUGUCGUAAGGAUUUUGGGAAUACCAUCCACAGGUAUGCCAGUCCCUUUAAACAUUACGGCUGGUUUUUGUUUGUUGUAAUAUGGGCUUCGAUAUGUAUUGUUUUCGUGACAGUUGAUUUUAUUAUUAACCAUUAAAAGAGCCAAUGGAAGGCACAAAAAUAGGUGCGUUUACUGUAUUUAAUACUGUAAAUAUAAUAAGCAAGUAAAUACCCAGUUUGUAAGAUACCAAAAAGCAACAAUAACAUUUAUAUUUCUACGUAACUGUGAUAAUAAGAAUAUUUUUUUAUUAUUGCUUCUGUUUUUACCACAAAAAUUAGUCAAAGUAAGACAAAAAUUAUAUUAAUAUAAGAUAUAGAUUUUAAUUUAACAUAAAUAAAGAUUCUAACUAGUAAAA